AUGAAAGAAUUAUUAAAAAAUCUUGUGGAUGCUGUAUGUGUGCUUCCUUUAACCGCCGGUAAACAGUCGACAAAUGACAAUACCGGAGAUGAUGGUGCUUCAGCUGGACUUGAUGGUACUGUUACUGGACCAGUUUUGUGUAUCACAGCUUUGGCAAUUCUUUGUCAAAUAUUUUCCCUUAGCUCCAAUGGCUUACAUCCAUCACACAACAGUGUACUGACAUUAAUGACCGUUUUUGUUUUCCUCAGCGUAGUAUCCUGCAUUGCAAUAUCAAUUUAUUCGCAGGCAAGACCAGACGUGCGAAGAAACACACAUGACUGGAAUAUUAGCAUUGCUCUUGAAAUCCGAUUUUACUGGUUGUUUAGCUUAGCUUGUCUGACUUAUGCCAUUAUAAACUUAUGUUUUCAUAUUGAAUGCUUUCAUAUAAAUCACCAGCGUGUAAAUGCUUCCAUAUCAAUCGCCACUGAUAUAGGAUUCUUUCUAUUUUAUUUAUUUCAGACAGGAUUUUUUACUCGAUACCUUCAUUAUAGAUUUGAGCAUCGUAUUGGUGUUUACUAUGGAUUAUUAAUAAUAGUUGUAACAAAUCUUUCCAUAUUUUGUCGUGAAUUUGCUAUCCUUUAUCACGACCCACUGUCACACUCACACUGGAAUUCUACGGUAACGGAUAACUGUCACAACAUGUCAGUUAGCACAUAUGUAAUCCUUAAGAAAUCGAAGCCUUUUUUGCACCCAGCUCUCUUCGAAUAUUCAUUACUAACAAUGAUAUUUCUUUCUAAAGUUUGGCCAAGGGAAUCUUGUAGCGACGACAUUCAAAGAGCUUCGGGAGGUUACGAAAAUGUUUAUGAGAGUAUUGACUGCGGAGAAUCGAGCCAGUUAGUACAGAGACAACGAGAUUCAAAUCAAACAGAUGUCAUCCUUUUGAGUUUGAAUACAACUUCCAGCAACGAUAUUGACAGGCGAACCCGGAAGUUUAUUAGUAUAUCUUUGGCUGUCAUUAUAAAUAUGCCAGCAGUAGUUUUACAUAUACUUAACAUUAUAAAUGAAGAAUCAAUUACGGAAUUUGCCUCUACAAUUUACAAUAUAGUCCAACAAUUCGUCAUCUUGUAUCUAAAUUUAAGAUGUUUCUAUAUGAUGAAAAGCCAGUGCGAGCUUCGAUUUCGUGAAAUACGCAGAGAACUCUACACAAGUAGAGUAAAUCAGUACAUUCUCCUUCUUAGUUCAUUUGGUAUUAUGUCCUUUUACACAGUGGUAUUAUAUGCUAGAAUAUCAAGUCUGAGCAAGGUCGAAUCAGAUACUGAUAAAAUGAAAAUAUUGCUUGAUAUCAGUCGUAUGGUUUCCACAUAUCUUCAAACAGUAUUUAUUCUGCAAAUGAAGCAUUACCAAAGGACUAUGAACAUUGAUUCCGUCAGGUCUAUCGAAUAUUUGUGUCUAUUUCUUGCAGUUGACAAUUUAUGUUCAUGGGCAAUCAAUACCUUCAUUGACUCUGACACUGUUUUAAUACAUGAUGUACCUUUCAAAUUCUUCGGACAAGAAAAAUGGUCUCAUUUGUUCAGAUUUUGGUAUCCAUUUAUUAUAUUUUAUCGUUUUAAAUGCUUUGUUGUAUUUUACAGCUUCUAUCAUUUGUUAAAAUUAUAAACACACAUAUUAUGUUAAAACUGUACUUGUCUG